GCAGCCUCCCCUCGGCCUCGUCGCCGCACGCUGCUGUACAGCGGCGGCGCUCCCGGCUUCCCCCAUCUUGUAGGCGCCGCCGACGCCGACCGCCGUCUCGCGCCGCCCACCGUCCCUCGUAUCGUGCCGCAACCGCCGCGGCGACGCCCGCCGGUAUCUCGCCUCGCCCUGAGCUGCUCUCUCCCGCCGCUCGUCAUCCGCCGCCGCCGGGAUCCAGUGCGUCGUCCGUGCUGCCUGCGUGACCUACUGCCAAUCUUCAAGGCUACAGGCCUCUCGCCGCUCCACGCCGGACUCGCCACCGGAGGAGGACCAAGAUAAACAACCAAAACCGAAUCCGAAUAAAGCCGCCAAGUCAAUGCAGGCCGCGAUCACCGCCACCGUCUCCGCGAACCCGCAUCUGAAGCCUCUGGUCUCCUUGCUGCGGCCGUCGCCUGCGCACCGGGUCCGAACCCACCUUCCUCGCCACCGCCCCAACACGAGGGCGAGCGCCAUGGCCACCUCCACGCCGCAGGAGCUUACCAUCACGCGCCCCGACGACUGGCACCUCCACCUCCGCGACGGCGACGUGCUGGCCGCGGUGCUCCCCCACAGCGCGAGGCAUUUUGAGAGAGCCAUCGUGAUGCCCAACCUGAAGCCACCGGUUACAACAACGGCACGUGCGAUCGCGUACAGAGAUGAGAUCCUGAAGGCGCUGCCUCCGGGGAGCAGCUUUGUGCCGCUCAUGACGCUAUACCUUACGGACAGCACUAGCCCGGAAGAAAUUAAGAUCGCAAGAAAGAGUGGUGUGGUUUUUGCUGUCAAGUUGUAUCCUGCUGGAGCAACUACUAACUCCCAAGACGGCGUAACUGAUAUUUUGGGAAAAUGCUUGCCUGUCCUUGAAGAGAUGGUCAAGCAGGAGAUGCCUUUACUUGUUCAUGGAGAAGUCACAGAUCCUCAUGUUGACACCUUUGACCGCGAGAAGGUCUUCAUUGAGAGAAUAUUAGCACCACUUGUACAAAAACUUCCACAGCUGAAAAUCGUUAUGGAACAUAUCACUACUAUGGAUGCAGUGAACUUCGUAGAGUCAUGCAAAGAAGGUCAUGUUGCUGCAACAGUGACUCCACAGCAUCUCCUUCUAAACAGGAAUGCGUUGUUUCAGGGUGGUUUACAGCCUCACAAUUAUUGCUUGCCAGUUCUCAAGAGAGAAACUCACAGGCAAGCUAUUGUUUCUGCUGUAACGAGUGGGAGCAGACAAUACUUUCUCGGUACCGACAGUGCUCCCCAUGAUAAACGGAUGAAGGAGUGCUCCUGUGGAUGUGCUGGAAUAUAUAGUGCUCCUGUCGCUCUUUCUCUUUACGCGAAGGUAUUUGAACAGGCUGGUGCACUUGAUAAGCUGGAGGCAUUUACAAGCUUCAACGGGCCUGACUUUUAUGGUCUCCCAAGGAACACAUCAAAGAUUGUUCUCAGAAGGAGCCCCUGGAAAGUGCCUGCGACUUAUGCGUACGGUUCAGGGGUGAUUGUGCCCAUGUCCACCGGCAACACUCUCGAAUGGCUUCCGUCCGAUCAGCCUGAAGAAUAAGGAAAAUAAAGACUAUCCAUUUGGGGGAGAAACAAUAAGUGGAGCCGUUCCAUCUUUUCCCCUUUCUGUAGAAUGAGCCUGACAAACAUGGUUUUGGUCUUAAAACUCCUUGUGUGGGACUCUUAGACCCUGUUCGGUAAUCCUCCAGCUCCCGGAAUCCGCGGAGCUGGAAAACUGCAGCUCCACCAGCUCCGGGAGCAGAGUUGGGGAGCGGCAGGAUACCGAAUAGGGUCUUAAUAGCAACUUUGUAAGAUAAACUUAUUUGAAGCAAUGGCAAAUAAGAGGUUAUGUUUCUCUGAA